AUGGCUGUUGCUGAUAAUGUUAGUGCCAAUUUGGACAACAACACCAACACCAACAACGUUGUAUCAUCUGACUCAACUGAGGUGGAGAAAUCGAAACCUAGGAGCGAUCAGGAUGUGACCAUCAACAACAACGGUGUGUUCAACCAUCAACUUUCGAAUGGUGGUAAUUAUAGCUUCAAGGCUCAUCAGUUGGGUCAGAUGCAUGCUAACGGGGUUCAGAAUCAGCAGUUUGUGAUGAACAAUGAUGGGUAUGUGAUGAACGGUGAGAACGAGGGCGAGAGUUUCAAGCGUGAAAUGAGGGAUUUGGAAGAAUUGUUGUCGAAGCUGAAUCCCAUGGCGGAGGAAUUUGUGCCACCAUCGCUAGCGAAUAAUCAUGGAUACUUAGCUGGACCUGCUGCUGGGUUUGGUUACCCUAACAAUUAUAUACUGCUCAAUAAUUAUGCUAAUGCUAACGGCCAAACUAACCGAAGGAGGAAGACUGGCUAUAGUACUAAUGGAAAGCGAAGAGUGAAUCAUAAAGUAGAUAUGGAGAAACGAGAAGAGAUGAUUAGGAGGACUGUUUAUGUGUCUGACAUUGAUCAACAGGUAACUGAAGAGCAGCUGGCAUCUCUCUUCCUUAAUUGCGGCCAGGUUGUUGACUGCCGUGUAUGCGGAGAUCCCAAUUCUAUUCUCCGUUUUGCCUUCAUUGAGUUUACCGAUGAAGAAAGUGCAAGGGCUGCUGUAAGCCUUUCUGGAACUAUGCUGGGAUAUUACCCGUUGAGAGUGCUGCCUUCCAAAACUGCCAUUGCACCUGUCAAUCCGACAUUUUUGCCCAGGUCUGAAGAUGAAAGGGAGAUGUGCUCUAGAACAAUUUACUGCACAAACAUCGACAAAAAGCUGACUCAAGCAGAUGUGAAACACUUCUUUGAAUCUAUCUGUGGAGAGGUUCAACGACUGAGGCUUCUUGGGGAUUACCAUCAUUCAACUCGGAUUGCAUUUGUUGAAUUCACAGUGGCUGACAGUGCAAUUGCCGCCCUAAGCUGCAGUGGCGUGAUUUUGGGUGCUCUGCCUAUAAGGGUGAGCCCGUCGAAGACACCAGUCCGCGCCCGUUCUCCUCGUAGUCCAUGA